AUGUUUUCUAAAAGACUAUACUCCACGAUACAAAACUCAUCGAGAAUGGCUUCAGUUUUGAAAAACAAGGAUUUGCUAAAAACACAAGGUUUCAUCAACAAUGAGUGGGUCAAUAGCUCCUCAGGUGAUACCUUUGACGUUCAAAAUCCAGCAUUAGAGCCCAAAAAGGAAGCCCACUUAGCAACGGUUCAGUCUAUGAGUGCUGAUGAUUUUGAGCAUGCUAUCGCAGCCGCUAGUGAAGCGUUCAAGACUUUCGGUAAAACUAAUGGGAGAUACAGAUCAAACUUGUUAUACAAGUUUUACGAAUUGAUGCUCGAGCAUCAGGAUGAUUUGGCAAAAUUGGUUGUAUUAGAAAAUGGUAAACCUUAUGCUGAUGCUUUAGGAGAAGUCAAGUAUGCUGCUUCAUUUUUUCAAUGGUAUUCUGAACAAGCACCGACUGUACAAGGCGACAUUUUGCAGUCAGGUAAUCCAAACAAUAUCAACAUUUUAGCUUUGAAACAACCAAUUGGGGUCUGUGGUAUAAUGACGCCAUGGAAUUUCCCGUUAGCCAUGAUUACAAGAAAGUUAGGUGCAGCAGUUGCUGCAGGAUGUACCACUGUGAUUAAACCAGCUACUGAAACUCCAUUAUCUGCCUUUGCGUUAGCUCAAUUGAGUAUCGACGCUGGCUUCCCAAAAGGUGUUAUUAAUAUUUUGGCAUCUCAUGAGCCAGCUAAAGUUGGUAAAUUGAUUUGUGAACAUCCAACCAUCAAGAAAGUUUCUUUCACAGGAUCAACCAGAGUUGGAAAACUUUUGAUGCAACAAUCAGCUUCCACUUUGAAAAAGGUGUCGCUUGAAUUGGGUGGAAAUGCUCCAUUUAUCAUUUUUGAAGAUGCAGAUUUGGAUAAAGCUGUCACUGGUGCAAUUGCCAGCAAAUUCAGAUCGAGUGGUCAAACAUGUAUUUGUGCAAAUAGAAUUUUCGUUCAUGAAUCUAUUUAUGAUGAGUUUACUACAAAAUUUGUCAAGCAAUUGAAAGAGCAUAUUGUUUUGGGUAAUGGUUUGGACAAGAACACUACUUACGGACCAUUGAUUCAUCAAGGCUCAAUGGAAAAGAUUAGAAGUCAACUCAAAGAUGCAUUGGAUAAAGGUGCCAAGUUGUUAUUAGGUGGAGAUAAGCGUCCAGAUUUGGGAGAAAACUUCCAUGAUCUUACAGUGUUGGGAAAUGUCACCCCAGAUAUGGAGAUUUUCAAUGAAGAAACGUUUGGUCCUCUUGCUCCAUUCAUCAAGUUUUCAACCGAAGAGGAAGUUCUUAAAUUAGCAAACGAUACCCCCGUUGGUCUUUCUGGAUACUUUUAUUCCAAGGACUUGGAUAGAGUAUUUAGAGUUGCUGAAGCCUUGGAAGUUGGUAUGGUUGGUGUUAAUACCGGCGCUAUUUCCGAAGCUGCCUUGCCAUUUGGUGGUAUCAAGGAAUCCGGAUUUGGAAGAGAAGGUUCCAAGUUUGGUGUCCAGGAUUACAUGAUUAUAAAAGGUGUUGUUUUAGGUAAAAAUGAGUAG